UAUUAUAGGAGAUUAAUUUGACUGAUCUGCUACAUCAAUAAAUGCCUGCACCAAACUUUUGACUUUUCAGUGUUUAUUUUUGAAGGUCGUAGACAAUAGAAAACAUUACAGAAGAAGUGAUCUUCCUUGAUGAAUGCAGAAACAGUACAAUGGUCUUCUUUACUGGUUAUACAGCCUUCCUUUUUCUGCUAGUCCUCCAAACUUGCAAUGGCAAGGAUAAUAGUCUUUGUGCCUCUUCUUCCUGUGGCAACAUCCUUAACAUUAGCUACCCUUUUCGACUUGAAACUGACCCCAAAAACUGCGGAGAUCAGAGAUAUACUUUGUCCUGUGAGGGUAAUUUCACAGUUUUAUAUCUCUAUACAGGCAAGUACUAUGUGCGGGAAAUCAACUAUGAUAACUUCACAAUCAGACUUGUGGAUGCUGGUAUUCAUGAUCAUGAUGAUUGCUCUUCCAUCCCUCUUUCUCCUUUAACUGAGCUUAACUUCAGUUUAGAAGAUCCAUAUACUGUCUCUAAAUCCAGACAGACACCGUUAGAUUGGGAUGCUAAAUUAUCAACAACAAUUACUUUCAUAAACUGUGUCCACCCAGUAAACCCGGUGUAUUUGAACUCUUCUAUUUAUGUGGAAACUGCUUCUUGUACUGUUGGUGGGUUAGAUAAUUCUUAUGUGAAUGUUGGGGGCAUGGAAGGCAAGGAUUUGAUGAGCAUGUGCAGCAUAGAAAUGGUGGCUUUGUUACCUGUGAAAGAUUAUAACAACAUGUCUUUUGUUGAAAUUCAGAAAGAGUUGGCAUAUGGGUUUGAGCUUUCAUGGCACUCCAUCUACUGCGGGCGCUGCAGAGGCUGCUAUUUCGAUGAGACAAAUGAGGUUCAGUGCAUAAGUGGGUAUUUCAGAAGGGUUUGCUACCUGAAUUUUGGAAUUCAGUGCACAUACAUAUAUGAUUCUUCCAAAACAGAUGCUUUUUUCUUCCGAAUUAAAAAAUCAUUCCUAACUGUACUUGUUCUACUUGGAAUACUCCAUUGCAUCACAAAAACUUUAUGUGGGACUCCUUUUGUGAUUGCAUUUUUUAUCUAUAAAUGGAGAAGGAGACAUUUAUCAGGCUAUGACACAGUUGAAGAAUUUCUACAAAAUCAAAAUAAUUUAAUGCCAAUAAGGUAUUCUUACAAAGACAUUAGGAAAAUGACCGGAGGCUUUAAGGAUAAGUUGGGUGAAGGAGGCUUUGGUUCCGUGUAUAAAGGAACACUUCGUAGCGGCCACUUUGCUGCCAUAAAGAUGCUGAGCAAGUCUAAUACUAACGGGCAAGACUUUAUCAAUGAAGUUGCUACCAUUGGAAGGAUUCACCACACUAAUGUGGUUCAACUAAUUGGCUUUUGUGCUGAGGGAUCAAAGCGUGCUCUUAUAUAUGAUUUCAUGCCUAAUGGAUCUCUUGACAAGUAUAUGUGUUCUCAUCAAGGAUCUAUCUCCUUAAGCUGGGAUAAAUUAUAUGAAAUCUCUCUUGGAGUGGCUCAUGGAAUUGAAUAUUUACAUCAAGGUUGUGACGUGCAAAUCUUACAUUUUGAUAUCAAGCCACAUAAUGUUCUUCUUGAUGAGAAUUUCAUUCCAAAGAUUUCUGACUUUGGACUUGCUAGACUAUAUGCAACAAAUGAUAGCAUUAAGUCUCUCACGGAGGCAAGAGGAACAAUAGGAUACAUGGCACCAGAGUUAUUCUAUAGAAACAUCGGUCAUGUCUCAUACAAAGCAGAUGUCUAUAGUUUUGGAAUGCUGUUACUUGAGAUGGCAGGUAAAAGGAAUGGUUCAAAUGCCAUGGCGGAACAUUCAAGUGAAAAUUACUUUCCGUUUUGGGUUUAUGAUGAAGUCUCCAAAGGGAAAGUUGUAACAACGGGCGAUGAAUCAGAGUCGAAUAGAAUAGCCAAGAAGAUGGUUAUGGUAGGCCUGUUAUGCAUACAAAUGAAACCAAGCAAUCGCCCUCCAAUGAACAAAGUCAUAGAGAUGCUUGAAGGAGAUGUAGAAAGUCUACAAUUGCCUCCAAGGCCAGCUCUAUAUCCUGAAGAAACUCCAAUAAGAGAUGCAGAACAAUCGUUAUCUAUGUCACUUAACUUCUCGGAAUCAAGCAGUUUGAUUGAAAAUACAUUCUAAAUUAUAUGAGGGAGGUGUUCUGGUAAAGUGCAUGGGAAACUAGGCCGCAUCUGCAUUCAGCUUAGACGCUAACCAUAAAUAUGACAGCAGAAAUUUCUCUCCUGUUUUGUUCAGAACUGAAUAAAGAUUAUGAUAUGUGAGACUCUAUUUGUUUUUCUUGCACUUGACUUUAAGGUUCAAUAUGUCAAAUACAACACUAGAAAGAAUCUUAAUAAACUUCUAACAGUGUCUUCAAAAUCUGCCUCUUCUGUUGUACCAAAUGAUUAUAACGCACUGGGGAAUGUUUUCCUUUUUUGGUAUAAUUGGCUCUGAUUGCAGUUUGAACUCGAGAUCUCCCAGGCCUAUAGACGUCCCCAUUACCAAUGAGUUAAAGCCCAUUGGUGCAAUCUGCAUCGAUGGAUGAUUUCGCAUUAGCUUCAGAUGUUUAAUAAGCCUUCAUUUAUGCAUUGAAGCUCCCAGAACAGUAUCAUUUGGCAAAAACAUUUUAAAAGAUGUUCUUGAAAGAAACUAUUGAUAGUCAUUUUAAUGAAAUGAAAUGAAAGAAACUAAUUAGUAUUUACUUUGUUUCUGAGAUGGCCCUCCAACUCAUGGUCAGGUUGUCUUCUAGGAAUUCUUGCAUUCAUUCUUUUAAGAAUAUCUGAGCUGAAAGGAUUAGAGGUAUUGAUAGAUUCUUUUCUUCUCCUUCCAACGUUUGAACAACAAUUUUUCAUGCAAGGACAUUCCACAAUUACAGGCAUCAUUCUCUGAAUCAACCUCUAGCAGCAUGAAAGCCAAUCAUUGAUAUUACAAUUCAGAUUGCAAACCUUCCUAUUCUUGGAACUGUUGAGGUGCUUAAACAUAGUUGCUGGGAGCAUUUUGGCAAGGUAGCAGAGGUGUCACAGACCAUUGUUUCUCUGUAAACUGUAAAAACAAUUAUGCAAUUGGACAAGUAAUUGAACUGAUUAAACUUUGAAGGGAAAAUCAGAUUUUAAUUGAAGUUUAGGAUCUCUUUUUAACACUCUUUUCUAAGAAACUUUGUAAUGUCAAUGUAAUAGUAUAAGGAUUUGCAUCUAAUUUAAUAUAAUUUUAUAGUUUUAUGUGUUUAA